AUGCGUAAACCUCUCCUGCGGAUACCAUACACUGAUAUUCUCCCCCCUCCCUUGAUCAUCCCUGCCUCGGCCAGCACACUCGCCGGCGCAGUGGCCGCUCUGCGGACCUUUUUCGCCGCCCCCACACCGGAGCAUCUGCCGUCGCCCAAGACUGUCGUCCUGACCGGCGCCGGACUCUCCGUCGCCUCUGGGUUGGCAGACUACCGGGGGGUCAAGGGCACCUACCGCGUCAACAAGACGUAUCGGCCCAUCUACUAUCACGAGUUUCUCAGCAGUCACGAGGCACGCAAGAGGUACUGGGCAAGAAGUUUCCUGGGCUGGUCUAGUCUACACAAAGCUGCCCCCAAUCUCGGGCACUUUGCAGUGAGGGACCUUGCAAGUCUGGGUCUCGUACGCAGCGUUAUAACACAAAAUGUGGAUUCCUUCCAUUCCAUGGCUCAUCCUCGUGUGCCCACCCUGGAGCUACACGGUUACCUGAGGUCGACGGUAUGCACCACCUGCAGGUCCGAGUUCUCCCGUGAUGAAUUCCAGGCAGAGCUUGCCAGGCUAAACCCACGAUGGGCUGCAUUGCUCCAGGAGGCGAUUGAGUCCGGCGCUUUGGACAGGGGUGAGACCGAUGAAGCAAGGUUCAAGGGGCUGAGGAGUAACCCUGAUGGUGAUGUCGACUUGCCGGACGCUCCUUACACCACAUUCAGGUAUCCCCCGUGUCCCAAGUGCUUGGAGCGCCCACCCGUAGGGCCAGAUGGUCUCAAACAAGCUGUUCGCGUGGAUGGAGAGGGUGCCUGGAAACUGCCCAGUACGGCGGGCAUCCUUAAACCCGCGGUGGUCAUGUUCGGAGAGAACAUCGCCAGCCAUAUCAAGGAUAAUGCAGAGAAGGCUGUCGACCAAGCCGGAAAGUUACUGGUCCUCGGAACCUCCCUUGCCACGUAUUCCGCGUGGAGGAUCGCCAAGAGAGCCAAGGAUAGAGGGAUGCCAAUUGCCAUAAUAAACAUGGGCGGAGUGAGAGGCGAGGAGCAGUUUUUCACAGACCUCGACCCCAGUCAGCAAGGCGACCGAGCCGUGAGGACCGGCCUGUCUACCGACGAGCUUCUCCCUCUGCUGGUAUCAGAGCUGAGGCAGACCAUCGCGGAUAAUUCACCAAUUUCAUCAACGGCAGGACCUCUGGAGAAUUCAGGGGUCUUCAAAGAGAUGUUGUCUUAG